AUGCCCUACCUCAUCCGUCCACCUCCAACAUCCGUCCAAACCAACAGCUCGCUCCCCACACACAUACUACAAACUUUUGAGGCCAAAUCGUCAACCUUACUUAACAAUCUCCACGCCUGGGGCUGGAGCAUCACCCACCACCAAUCCAGCGACGAAACCUACCUCUCCGCCCUCCAAGCAAUGGAAAGAGCACUCAAAAAGCGAAGACGACGCACGCAGAUGAUCUACAGCGUUAUCGUGGGAGAAGCCGCGCCGCCUUCAUUAAGGGCAGCCUUCGAGGCGGAAGCGAAGGCGAUGGGGAUGGGGAAGUUGUACGGCGUUGAGGAUAAGGAUGGAGACGAAGCUAUCAGCGAUGAUCAAGAACAGCAAGAAACGUGUCAUACAGUGGAAACAGAUAUGUGCAAACGACCCGGGCACAAUGCUGACACUUUGAAUACACCUCCUCUUCCUCCUCUCUGCUGCCCUCCCCCCACUGAUCCAACCGAUAUAUGGUAUACCGCUGAACGUGGCCAUCUCAGGGCCAUAGCCCGGGAUAUUGAUCAGCGGUGGAGGGUGCUACCUUUACCACUGUCACCAUCAGCUAAAUCACCAGUGGGCGUUCAUGGGGAUCAUUCAAACGAGGAAGUAGGAAACAAAAAGCAGAAGAAGCUGGAUAGGGUGAAGUCGCUGGCGGAAAGGUUGGAGAAGAGGGUGGUAUCUGAGCAGAGGGAGACUUUGUUGAUUCCGUUUUCGGUGAGGGCGGUGGGGCUUUUUUAA